UGUAAUUUAUAAAUAUUUUGUUUCUUGCUAUCAAUUAGUGCAUUAAAAUGUGUAAUGCAUUAACUAUAGUAGUGUUCAGCAUAAAAUAAACUAGUUCUAAAGUAACUAACAAGUAGCAGAAAUUUCGUCACUGCAAGUAGUAAAAAUACAGUUUUGCACUUGCUAUUAAUACCAAGAUCAGUUUAAUCGGUAAUAACAUUAAAAUACAUAAGAGUAUACAAAGUAAUGUGAAUACUUCUGGUUAUUGUCUAAAAAAUAAAACUAUUCUUCAAAUAAGUCAUUAAUGCAUUUGAAGAUAUUUAACUCCUUUUUCUUUUGUAUAUCUAAACACAGUUAAUAAUGCUUUCACAAAAAUUAUUACAAAAUAGUAAAAUUCUAAGUUUAAAGAGCAAUUAUAUAUUAAAGAGAUAUUUAAAAGAAGCACUUGAACUUCCUCCAAAUUAUGAAGAAAUCAAAUUUCAGUCACUUCCAAACCCGAAACCUGAAAGACUGUCAUUUCUAAAGGCUUUAAUUACAGGAGAAGUUGAUAGUGAUGUUUUCACGUAUCCUGAACAAAUAUCUCCUAGAUAUGAAGAUUACUUUCAGUGGAUAAAACCAAUCGAAAGUUAUAUAUCACAUUGUACCAAUAAAAAUGUGGAUAAAAACGAGAUGUUGAACCACCUUAGAGAACUUAACGUGUUUCGGACACAUAUUGGAGAAAAAUAUUUUGGUUUAAGUUUAACAAAAACAGAAUCAUUGAAACUAAUAGAGGUACUCAGUAAUUUCCCUUGGUUGGGUACAUAUAUGGUAAAGAAUCAUAUUCUACCAACUGAAAUAAUUGAUAAAUAUGGAUCAAAUAGUCAAAAACUACAAUAUUAUCCAAAAAUUAUGAGUGGUGACAUAAUUCCUACAAUGUGUGUAUAUGAAAGUAACUAUGGUACAAAUAUUAAUAAUUUUAAAACUUAUGCAAUGCAACAUACAAAAGAUUCAUGGUUAUUAAAUGGUGAAAAAUCACUUGUUGUGAAUGGGAUAAAUUCAAAUCUACUUUUAGUUUUUGCAAAACAUAUAUCACAUGAUACAGGGGAAAACAAACCAGAUUCAUUCUCUUUAUUCUUAGUUGAAAAAGAUUUUGGAAAUGUUUCUUGUACAAAUGUAUAUGAUACAAUUGGUAGACACGAAACACCUAUUUGUACAAUUAGCUUUAACGAUACAAUAGUACCUAAUAAAAAUAUUAUAGGUACACCUGGUAAUGCAUUUCAGAUAUUAAUGGAAUAUUUGAAACCUGGACGACAAAAUAUAUCUGGUCAAGCAAUUAGUAUUUUACGAAACUUUUUAAAUAAAUUAAUACCAGAUAUUAUACACAUGAAACACUUUGAUAGAGAUUUGUAUCAAUUUGAUGUAGUGAAAAGAAUUUUAGGUGAAAUAUCAUUUUCCUUAUAUACUAUGGAAAGUAUGGCAUAUCUUACAACUGGAAUGAUAGAUGACUAUAAGGAUAUGAAUGCUGAUCUGGAGCGAAUUAUUACUGAAACAUAUUGUGCAAAUAGUUGUUUGAAAUGUAUUCAAAUAGGAUUACAAUUAGUGGGUGCACGAAGUUAUAUAAAUAAUCAAUCAUAUAUAGAAGCAUUUCAUGAUGCUAUGGCUUUAACAACAAUAGAUACAAACAACUUGGAUGCCAAUACAUAUGUAGCAGUAUCUGUCUUCCAAUUUUUAGGACAAACAAUGCAUGAUCAUGUAUAUAAGAAAAGAAAUCAUUUUCAAUUUCCUCUUUAUAAUAUGUUCGAUAAGAUAUUUGAUAAAUUCGUGAUAAAAUUAGAUACUUACGAUUACUUGCACCCAACAUUUAAACAUUCUGUUAGAUAUAUGGAAGAUGGUAUAAACAGAUUUAAAAAUGCUGUUUUAACAUUAUUUGAAGAGGAUGGGUCAAACGUUAUAGAACGAUAUACAGAUAUGCAGAGAAUAACUAAUAUGUUAACUGAAAUAUAUGCAAUGUUAGCUAAUCUGACACGUGCAUCAAGAUCAUAUUGCAUUGGUGCUAGAAAUGCAGAUCUUGAGAAAGAUUUGGCAAUUAAAAUGGCACAGGUAUCACAUACAAAAAUAUGUGAAAUUGAAACACAAAUAAACAGCACUCCAUUAUAUAAUGGUGAUAAAUUGUAUUCAGAUGCAAUGGAUCUUGUGUAUGAGAAACGUAAAUAUUCGUUAGCACAUCCUUUAACUAAGACAUUCUAAGCAUUUAAUUGAUAUAGCUUUUGCAAUUUUGUAAUAAUUUAAUUGAUUUUCAAUGUAUAUUGUGAAAAAUAAUUUCUCAAAUUUUAAAUAGUAGAUAAAUAAGAAAACAUUUUGAUUAACGAUUAUGUAUUUAUAUCUAAGUAGCAGUGUAUAAUAAUUCUCCUUACAUUACAUUAAAUUUAAAAGCAAAAUAA